AUGUGUUUUUCUUGUCUAGAGGAAGUUAAAACAUAUUAUCAAGAGUAUGCUUUAAAAAAGGGGUUUGGAUGGAGGAUUAGAUCAUCGAAAAAAGGAGAUGACGGGGAGGUCAACUACCUAAUACUUUCAUGUUCAAGAGAGGGGUCUAACAUUUCAAAAAUUUCAUGCACGUUAAAGACAUUACCAUCUAGAGCAAAAAAUUGUCCUGCCAAGAUUUGUAUUAAAUUGAAACAAGAUGGUUUUUGGUACAUUACACAAUUUGAAUCUAACCAUUCUCAUGAGACUAGCCCUACAAAAGCAAGAUUGUUCAAGACUAACAAGAAAAUGAACUUACAUGUGAGGAGAACAAUCCCAAUCAAUGAUGAUGCGGGAGUAAGGAUCAACAAGACUUUUCAAUCGCUUGUUAAAGAUGCAGGAGGACAUGAAAAUAUUCCCUUUUGUGAAAAAGAUGUGAGGAAUUAUAUUAACAAAGAGCGUCGUGCAAUUGGAAAAGAAGGUGAUGAUUUGGAUGAUGAUUUUCAUGUGAGGAAUGUAUUUUGGGCUGAUGCAAGAAGUAGACCCGCUUACGAAUAUUUUAGAGAUGUUGUAACUUUUGACACAACAUACUUGACUAACAAGUAUGACAUGCCUUUUGAUGCAUUCGUGGGUGUGAAUCACCAUGGUCAAUCAACAUUACUUGGUUGUGGAUUACUUUUAGGUGAAGACACGGAUUCUUUUGUGUGGUUAUUUAAGUCAUGGCUUCGUUGUAUGCUAGAAAAAGCACCUUUGGGUAUUGUGACCGAUCAAUGUAAGGCUAUGAAAAAUGCUAUUGAGUGGGCACCAACUUUGUUAAGGAUCUAUUUUUGGGCUGGUAUGUCAACUACGCAACGUAGUGAGAGCAUACAUGCUUUCUUUGAUGGAUAUAUCAAUUCUACAACAAGUCUAAAUCAGUUCGUGAAACAAUAUGAUAAUGCUCUUAGAAGUCGGGCAGAAAAGGAAUUUGAAGCUGAUUUUAAUUCGAUGGAUACAACAAUUCCAUGUGGGUCAAACUCGUCCAUUGAGAAGCAAUUCCAAAGUGAGUUUACGAAUGCCAAAUUCAAGGAAAUUCAAGUGGAAUUCAGAUCUAAAAUGAAUUGUUUUGCCUCAUUAAAUAGUAUGGAAGAUUGCUUUGCUACGUAUCAUGUGUUGGAGGAGAUAUUAGUUGGAGACAUACGCAAAGAACGAGUCUUAAAAGUUGUGCUUAAUAAGGAAAACAACGAUUUCAAAUGUGAAUGCUCAUUAUUUGAGUUUAGAGGUAUUGUGUGUCGGCAUGUGUUAUCCGUAUGUAGUCAGGAGAGGAUUGUAAGUCUUCCAGAGAAGUAUGUUCUAACGAGAUGGAAGAAAAACAUUAAAAGGAAGCAUUCAUAUAUCAAGACUAGUUAUGGUGUAACAAAGUUGAAGUCACAAAUGGACAGGUUUGACAAAUUAUGCAAGCAUUUUUAUGAGGUUGCUGAAGUAGCUGCUGAGUCAGAAGAGACUACCGAAGACCUCCAUGAAACAUUACAUUUGUUUAGCUCUAAUAUGUCCACAAAGGAUAGUUCCCUUAUUGAAGAAAACCUCAAUGAUGAUUUUAAUCCAAUCAAUAGUAAUAGAAUUCGCAAUCCAAAACAUGUCAAGCGUAAAGGUCGUCCUCCAUCUAAAAGAAAAACAUCUGUCGCCGAAACGAUCGCCAAGAGGUCAAGGAAACGAACAAAAAAAAGUGAUCACGCUGAGGUUACUACAGAGUGCAAUUUUGGAAUGGUGGAAAAUCAGUUUGGAAGUAAUAUUUGUGUAGAAUCAUCUCUUGAGGUUGUUAAUGGAGAGCAUUACUUAGAUUCAAGUAUUGUGGUUGGAAAUUGUAUGUCAUUCAUGGAUCUUUUGACAACAUGUGAAACAACCUUGACGGGUUCAUCUCAAGUUAUUCAGGUGGAAUAUUCGGGUGGGAUGUUGAAAGAUUGUAAAUUGAAUUUUGUAUUAAUCCAAAUUGUAAAUGGUGUAGUAUUGUAA